CCUAGUUUUUGGACGUCAUCGAGCCCCAGACGCUUCUGUUCGACAGACUAUCGUAGUCACACCAGCCACAUUCUCUCCUCGCUCGAUGACUGUAAAGUCAAGUUAAGAGCGCCACAUCUUCGUCUUGGCUUUCCAGCCUUAAAGUAUGAUUGCGGUCGUGCCCCUAGUGACUAUGACUUUGAAGUGGUAGUUGAUGCUGCUGAUGCUGUUGUUCUUGUUGUUGCUGCUGCUGCUGCUGCUGUAGAGCAAAUAGCGAGGCCAAUGUGCUAA